AUGCCAUCUUUAACUGUACCUAUCAUUAAUAAUAUUAAAAUGAAAAAUUCCGGUAGACGAAUUGUAAAACAUAAUACACCUACUUCUUCAUCAACAGGAAAAAUAGAAGCAGAAUUAAAGAUGCCAUUCAAAGUUCGCAUCUCAAAAUUUCGUCAUGUAUUUGGUUCACCAUAUCGUGAACAAGAUUGUUAUAAAAAUAUAGCUAUAACACGUAAUGCACAUGAUGGAAAUUUUUGUGCUGUUAAUUCAAAAUUUUUAGCAAUUGUUACUGAAACAAGUGGUGGUGGUAGUUUUCUUGUUUUACUGCUAUCUGAAGUUGGUCGUGUCGAUGUUGAUCAUCCACGUAUAACUGGUCAUCGUGGUCCAGUAGUUGAUCUUAAAUUUAAUCCAUUUAAUGAUAAUGAAAUAGCUUCAUGUUCAGAUGAUGGAACAGUUAAAGUAUGGUAUAUACCAAAUGAUGGUUUAAAAUCUGAUACAUAUCAAUGGAAAGUUGAUUUACAUGGACAUCAAAGACGUGUUGAUUAUAUUGAAUGGCAUCCAACAGUACAAAAUCUUAUAUUAAGUGCUGGACUUGAUCGUCAAGUUGUUUUAUGGAAUGUUGAAAAAGCUGAACCAAUACAAGUUUAUCGAUGCCAUUCAGAUGCUAUACAAUCAAUAGCAUGGAAUAGAAAUGGUUCAUUAUUUGCAACAACAUGUAAAGAUAAACAGAUACGUGUUAUUGAACCACGUACUGGUCGAAUUAUUGCAAAAGGAAUAGGUCAUCCAGGUCCAAAAACAUCAAAACUUGUUUUUUUAGGCGAUACAAAUCGUCUUUUAUCAACAGGUUUUGGAAAACAAUUUGAACGACAAAUAGCUAUUUGGAAUCUUAAUGAUUUAUCACAACCAUUAACAGUUGAAACAGUCGAUUUUAGUGCCGGUGCUCUUAUUCCAUAUUAUGAUCAUGAUACACGUACAGUUUAUUUAGCUGGAAAAGGUGAUGGAAAUAUUCGUUAUUAUGAAGUGAGUGAUCAAGGCGAACCAUAUUUAUAUUUUCUUUCUGAAUAUAAAUCUUCUACACCACAACGUUGUCUUGGUGUAAUGCCAAAAAUUGGACUUGAUGUAACACGUAAUGAAAUAACGCGUUUUUAUAAAUUAUAUGCUACUGGAUCUGUAUGUGAACCUAUUUCUAUGAUUGUCCCACGUAAAGCUGAAGCAUUUCAAUUAGAUAUUUAUCCAGAUACACCAGGUCCAUAUCCAGCAUUAUCACCUGAGGAAUGGAUGUCUGGUAUUGAUCGUGAUCCAAUACUUGUAUCAAUGAAAGAUCGUGUUGAAGGUACAAAUAUGCCAAAAAUUACAACAUAUCGAACACUUGAUUCAACAACAUCAACACCUAUUCUAUCUCAUCGUGGAACACCACAACGUACAAUACAACCACCUGUUGCAGAAGUUGCACCUACACCUAAACAAAAUCUUAUUGAUCAAUCACCACCAUCACCUGUAUCAAUUGAAAAAUUGACAAUAAAUUUACAACAACAACAACAACAACAACAAUCGAAUUCUAAAGGUUUAAGAAAAAUAGAAUCAUUAAAAGUAGCAGCAACAAGUGCAGAAUUUAAUAAUGUUAGUAGAAAAGGAGAAAAGAAACCAGCUGUUUUACAACGACGCCAGUUUGCAACUCGGCGUCGUUUAGGACGUACAAGUUCAUGUGGCGUUGUAUUGGAUACCACCAGUGAUGAAGUUAUUUCUCCUCCACAGCCAUCACCACCACCAUUGCCACCAGAGCGUAAAAUCACUUCACCUCAACCAGUUGUUGUUACAUCAACAACUAUACCGAGUACAUCGUUGAAUCGUAAUCCUUCCAAAACACUUCGUUCUUCGUUUAAGCCUUUUCCAUCAGAAAAAAAAAUUAUUCAUGCACAAUCGACACCUGAUCUUUCAUCAUUGAUGUCAGAGAAUAAAAAUGAUGAUGAUACAUCAUCAUCACUUGAAAAUCUUUCGAAUACAUAUUCAUCAAUGAAUUUAUCUCAACAACGUCCAACUGGUUCAAUUCUUAAACGACCACGACCACCACCACCUCCAAUACCAUCACAAAUUCUUGAAGAACCUAUUUAUGUUUCAUCAGUUUCUGUACCAUUACAACAAACUGGUCCUCGAUCAGUUCAAUCAAUAAUUUAUGAUCGGAAUACAAAUACACCAGAUAGAGAUAAAUUUCAAAAUAAAAUUAGUCAACAACAACAACGACCAUCUCAAUCACCAAUACAUAAUAAUAAUCAAAAUCGACGUAAUGUUGAAGUUAAGAAAAAAGUAUGGAGUGUUGAUACAUCAGAUCAACAACCACAACAACAGCAAAUGUCACAUCAGACUAAUGCUAACGGACAUCAUUCAUCUGUUCAACAACCAGCAAAUGGAAUUGAUGUAUAUCGUCAAGCAUUUUUAAAACAACAAGAAGAAGUGCAAUCAUUACGUGAACUUAUGUUAUUAAAAGAUAAUCGAAUUCGUUUACUUGAAGAUGAAUUACGUUCAUUAAAAAAUAAAUAUGAAUAUAAAGAGAAGGACCUAAAAAGAUGA